AUGAGCUGCCCUGUUUUGGGUCUGAAUUUGAAGAGCUUGGCAUUGGCUUGCGAUCCCUCGCUUGUUCACGUCGCGAUGACCAUUGAUUCAGAGUACUUGAGAGGCACCAUGGCUGCAGUUCACUUUGUUCUCAAGCACGCUUCUUGCCCAAAAAACACCUUCUUCCACUUCAUCGCCUCAGAUUCAAGUUUAGUCAAUUUACAGGACCUCACUCGCAUUGUCCAAUCGACCUUCCCUUCACUGAGUUUCCGAAUUUAUGUGUUCAGGGAAAGCCGCGUCAAGAAUCUGAUUUCGUCUUCGAUUCGACAAGCUCUCGACAACCCAUUGAACUACGCGAGAAACUACUUAGCUGACUUGCUCGACCCCUGUGUGGAGAGAGUGAUUUAUCUCGACUCUGAUGUCAUAGUUGUGGAUGAUGUGCAGAAGCUAUGGAAGAUCUCUUUAUCUGGGUCGAGAGUGAUUGGUGCUCCAGAGUAUUGCCAUGCAAAUUUCACCAAGUAUUUUUCUGAUGGGUUUUGGAAAGACCCUGAGCUCUCUAAAGUUUUUGAAGGGAAAAAGCCUUGUUAUUUCAACAAAGUGAAAAAAUAA